AUGCUGCUCCCAAAAUUCCACAUAGCAGAACAGGAUAGCGCAGCACCAACUGCCACGGUGAAAAAUGGGACAUAUACUGGAUUACAUUCCAUAACAUACAAUCAGGACUACUUUCUAGGUGUUCCUUUCGCUCAACCGCCUGUGGGAGACCUUCGCUUCCGAGUCCCUCAAUCUCUUAAUUCCUCCUGGGUUGGCACUAGACCCGCAAUAACAUACUCUGCUGCCUGCGUCGGUUACGGUAGCGAUGACUCGGUAUAUCCUGAGCUAUCAGAAGACUGCUUAUAUCUUAACAUAGUGAGGCCUUCUAGAUAUGCUGCCCAAAACCUGCCUGUGGCACUUUGGAUCCAUGGGGGUGGACUCACUGAAGGCUCGGGUAUUGAUCAGAGAUACAACCUAUCUUUUAUUGUGAAGAAGUCUGUGGACAUUGGCAAACCUAUUAUAGCGGUGUCUAUCAAUUACCGCUUGAGUAUGUGGGGGUUCAUAACUGGUGACGAGGUGUUGCAGAACGGGGUUGCGAACUUGGGAUUCAGAGAUCAGAGAUUGGCGAUGCAUUGGCUAAAGGAAAAUAUUGUUUCGUUCGGGGGCGACCCAAACAAAAUCACGAUUUGGGGAGAAUCAGCUGGUGCCCUUUCCGUUGGAAUGCACCUCACAGCUUAUGGUGGGAGAGAUGAUUGCCUAUUCAGAGGCGCUAUCAUGGAGAGUGGCAAUCCCGUCUUUUAUGGCAACCUCGGCAGUUGGAAUAGGACCUCCUUUACCACCGCUGUCAAUUCCUUGGGAUGUAGCUCGGCAUCUGACAAGCUGCAAUGUCUGCGCCAGAUCCCAUUUGCGACACUGAAUGCUUGGAUCAAUACCACGCAGUCAUUCCUCGGUUGGCAGCCUCUCGUCGACGGCGACUUUAUCCAGGGCUAUACAAGUCUGCAGCUCAAGCGAGGACAAUUCGUCCACGUGCCUAUUAUAUCAGGGGCGAACUCAGAUGAAGGUACCGCUUUUGGACCAAUCGGAAUUAACUCUACCCAAGACUUCCUCAACAGACUUGAAUCAACUUUGCCUGCGCCAUACGCUUCUGCCGUUCUCUCUGCCUAUCCUGCAACUAUAACUUAUGGGGCUGUUCCCACAGGCCUCCCUCCUUCUGAUGUCUUUCCUGAGCCCCUUGGAUCAAGCUACCGCCGCAGUGCAGCCUACUAUGGAGAUGCUACUAUGAUCGCUCAUCGCCGACUCACUUGUCAGACUUGGGCUAGCAACAAUGUCGAUGCUUACUGUUACCGUUUUAACACAAUUCCGAAUGGAGUGACGUCAUUUACUGGGGCCACGCACUUCCAAGAGGUAGCCUUUGUAUUCAACAACAAGGCUGGGUUAGGAUAUCCGCCGGUGUCAGUUGACCCCUUCAGCGGAGAACCCCAGAGUUACUUGGACCUUAGUGACAAAAUGAGCACGGCCUGGGUAAGCUUCGUGCAUGGUGGCAACCCUGGAAGCUUUUGGCCCAGGUACUCGCCUGGGGUUGGGCAAAAUUAUGUUUUCGACGCAAAUGCUACAGAGUUGGGGUAUCUAGAGCCGGAUUUGUGGAGAAGACAAGGUAUAUCGCUGAUCAAUAAGUUCAACGCUGUGGUCUAUUUGAGAUAACUGUCAUUCAGUGUCGGAGGUGUUUUGCUUUGAACUUCUUUGUGUGUUG